CCACAUCUCUCGCUCCGACAACCAAUUUUUUCCUUCAAAUCAUUCAUCAUCCUGCUCUAAAUUCUUCUAUCUUCAAAUGGAUACUAGCGGCAAAGCGAAGAAAGGUGCAGCCGGAAGAAGAGGCGGCGGUCCAAAGAAGAAGCCGGUUACCCGGUCCGUGAGAGCCGGUCUUCAGUUCCCGGUCGGUAGAAUCGGUCGGUACCUGAAAAAAGGCCGUUACGCUCAACGUGUUGGUACUGGUGCUCCCGUUUACUUGGCUGCUGUUCUCGAAUAUCUGGCUGCUGAAGUGUUGGAGUUGGCUGGAAAUGCGGCACGUGACAACAAGAAGAACAGGAUUAUCCCAAGGCAUGUGCUUUUAGCUGUGAGGAAUGAUGAAGAGUUAGGGAAGUUGCUUGCUGGCGUGACAAUUGCACAUGGUGGUGUUCUUCCCAACAUUAACCCAAUUUUGUUGCCUAAGAAGACUGGAGGUGAUAAGGCUGGCAAAGAACCUAAAUCUCCUUCCAAAGCUACCAAAUCUCCUAAGAAGGCUUAGAUUUAGUGGUUGUAAUAGCCUUUUGUUUUUCUAUCUUUAUUUGGAUAUUUACUGUAUGUAUCUGUGCUGUUAGAAUGUGUUCGAUCGUUCUUCGGGGAUGACAAAAGGGAAUUAAUUGGAACUUGGAACUGUUAGACCUUACUAGGUUGUUUUCUAUUAUCAGGUUGUUUUCUAUUAUCAAUCAAUGAAACCCCUUGUUUCGAUUUUACAA